GGAUCUACUGAUAAGUUCUGCUGGUUUUUACAAAUCACUAAGCCAAAGAUUAUCGAAGAUGAGUACAACUACACCAAACACAAACACACUGGCUCCUCCUAGCACAGCAACAGCAGGUCCUACAACACCUCGGAAAGGGCCGCCAAAGUUCAAACAAAGGCAGACUCGCCAGUUUAAAAGUAAACCUCCAAAGAAAGGAGUAAAGGGAUUUGGUGAUGAUAUUCCUGGAAUGGAAGGAUUAGGGACAGACAUUACUGUAAUUUGUCCAUGGGAAGCAUUCAGCCAUCUGGAAUUGCAUGAGCUAGCACAGUUUGGAAUAAUCUAGGAAUCAGAACUGUAAGCUCAUGUAACCGACCAUAUGUGUUCUUUGUCACCAUAUGAUGAUGUCAUAUAAGUUGACCAAUGCAGCAAUAAUGGAAACUCACCUUGUCAAUACCUCAUAUGAAGAAGCUUGGAAUCAGUCAGUCACAUAAACCAUUAACACACACCGUGCUAGAAACAUUUUCUGAAAAAUAAUGAGUAUAUGUUCUUUUAGUAUAUACCAUCUUACUUAUAUCAGUCAUUACAGAAAAGAUAAACUAUUUUCAAGA